AUGGAAACCUAUACUUUGUCUGCAUCAGCGACAUCGUCCGGGCUGCGCCCACAACGGCCAGCUUACGACCAACGCGAACAUCAUCGUCGCAUUGCCGAAGAACCGCGCCACGACCCGGUCAACUGGGACGUCAUCGAUUAUUUGAUCGACUGCGUUGUGUGGACAGUAAGCCACGCUUGCUACGACGGGGAGACGUGGCUCGCGCCGGUGCUCAAGACGGCCUUCCUUUGCGACUUCGUGCAGAACCUGAUUCGACGAUCUGGAGUCCCUAUGCCUGUUAUUCUCACCUGUCUCACCUACCUGGAGAGAGCGUCGAGUACGAUGGGACCGCUGCCUUUGAAUUGGGCAUGCGAGCGUACGUUCCUUGGAGCAUUCCUCGUGGCAGCCAGGGGUACAAUUGAAUAUCAGUAUGCCGACGCGUGGUGGGCACAUCUCACUGGUGUUCUCUCGGCCGACGAUAUCGAAAUGAUCGACCGUGACUUCCGUCAACUCAUCAACUACAAUUUACAAGUACACGCCAAUGACUACAGCAAACAUUAUCGCGCGAUCAUGGAACGCUGCGAACGUAAAACUAGUUACUGGUCGAAGCCGCCGUUCAUGGAGGAAAGGCGGCUCGACCCCCGGUAUGCUUCGCCUAUCGGACACCUGGAUGCGCGCCCUUCGCGUUCUUCUAGCCGCUCGUCCGCUUCCUUACACUGUGGUUGCGUGGGCGCCCUCUGCACGGGCCGAUGCUCUACGACGGAAUCCCGGUGGGAUACCUCUUCUACGUACCUCGGCCGGCGCGCCUCGCCGCCCGUUGAACAAGACCACUACCUCGACGCGGCAAAUGCUGCGCCCGAUCUCCGCCUACCACCGCUCAGGUAUCCCGAGGUCCCAGACGCACAACGCCUUCCACCCAUCAGGGAUCUUCUUCCUCCCCAUAUCAACGAUCUGCUUCCACCUGGACCAGGCGGAACGCCACCUGUACUCCAAGUCGCCUACGUCAAUGCCCAUCAAGGCAUUGCCGACGCACUGUCAGCUGGCUCGCGGACCUCCGGAGAGCAGUCAGACUUGGUCCCCAAGAUAGACCCCCCGCCGUCCUCGUUCCCCUGGGCUAUCACUUUUUGA